AUGCUGAUGCAUGUUGAGCAGGAGGGAGAGAACCCCAACAGCAACGACGAUUUCGUCAUCGACCGUCCACACAGAUAUUACAAACUUCUGUCAGUAGAUGUUUUGGCGCCUGUGGCGGUAAGGAAUGACAUGAUUGGUCAUAACAGGGAGACGAGGAGGGAAGGUUUUGCGAAGGUCUUCCGCUGGUCUGGUCUGGUCUCAGAGUUCGAGUGGACGCUGAGGUGCGAGUAUGCGUCCUCCAAGACUGGUACCUGGCAACAGGCCAAGUACACGUGCGAAUGCGGGCACACGCCCGAAGAGCAGGCGAGCAACCCGUGA